UCGUCCACCUCGACUGCUCUGUAAAUACCAUUCUCUUCUGCAUUCAAUUCCAUCAUCUCUUCUUCGACCCCUUUCCAAUCCUUCCUAGUAAACAAACCAAUGGCUGCCCUCGAAUCUAACCAAACGCUGCUGCUGGUCGUGCGUCUCUUUUUCGCCGGAAUGGAGGUCGCCGCGGCCCAAAACUGCGGCUGCUCCGCCAACCUCUGCUGCAGCAGAUUUGGCUACUGUGGCACCAGCGUAAGCGACGACUACUGCGGCACGGGAUGCCAGCAAGGCCCCUGUUACUCCUCCCGCGGCUCGGUCGCCGACAUCGUGACGCAGAGCUUCUUCGAUGGCAUCAUCAACCAGUCCGACAGCAGCUGCGCCGGCAGGAGAUUCUACUCGCGCGACGCUUUUCUGACUGCAGCCGGCUACUACCCUGGCUUCGGCCGCACCGGAUCUUCGGAGGACGCCCGGCGCGAGAUCGCCGCUUUCUACGCCCACGUCACGGAUGUGACUGAUCAUCUGUGCUUCAUCGAAGCGACCAACCGCCAAUCGCAAUGCGACACGAGCCGCACUGAUUGGCCGUGUGUCUCCGGCCGCGACUACUACGGCCGCGGCCCCCUACAACUGACCUGGAACUACAACUACGGCCCGGCCGGCCUGGCCAACUGCUUCGACGGACUCCGCGCGCCGGAGACAGUGGCCAACGACGUCGUCAUCUCCUUCAGGACCGCUCACUGGUUCUGGAUGAACUACUGCCACAACCUCAUCACAUCUGGCCAAGGGUUCGGCGCCACCAUCCGCGCGGUCAACGGAGCAUGCGACGACGGUAAUCGGGCGGCCUUCAACGCUCGGGUCGGCUACUACAGGGACUACUGCAGCCGGUUUGGGGUAGACCCCAGGAAUAAUCUCACUUGUUGAGAGCUUGAAUUUUGAACUACAUACGAUUGGAAUAAAUGAUAGGGCACAAAUUUAGUAAUCAAUAAUAAAAGGCUUCGGCUACAAGAUCUUGUAGCAGGCGAUGGCGUAGGCCUACGUGUAUUGUUCUCUCAAAACAAUAAAUGGGCUUCAAAAUGGA